AACUUUUUCUUUUCUUUCCGUUUUUAAAUGACUUUUUCUCGAUAUGAGUUUAUAUAAAAACUACUUCUACAGUAAACGAUUAUCAACUUAUGUAGCAUUAACCGGCAAACGAUUUCUGUCAACAAAAACGACUAAUGCUUUUCGUUCAGAAACGUCAACAUCAGUAUCGCCCUCAAAACCACCGAUGGAGGAGUUUGUAUCGUCGAAAGAAGCUCCAAAAAGUAAUCUUCUUGAAAGCAAACAGCACUUUUACAUGAAUAAAACAUUGGACCAGUAUUGUAAAAAGCGCCCGACUCCAUUGACAUUACGGCAACUCAUGUUUUACGAAAGACAUAUCAAUGAGGAGCGACUCUUAAAGUCAGCAAACUACGUUCGUACAGAAUUACCCAUUCGUAUUGCUCACCGUAUUCGAGAAUUUCAAAAACUUCCAUAUAUUCUGGGUACAAACCCAAACAUGGAGAGUGUGUAUGAUCUUUAUUGGCAAGCUUUCGAGCGUUUGCGUAAAGUACCAGAGAUACACACAAUGGCUCAAAACGAGGAAUUUUGUGAUAUUCUACAAGAAUCACUUGACGCACAUUCUGUCAUCAUACCCAAAUUAACAAAAGGCAUAAACGAAUGUGAUGAAAUACAGCGAAGUAUCAUAUCUGCAGAAAAACUAGAUGAUUUUAUGAAUGCAACACUUCGAUCGCGUAUUUCUAGGAGGGUUAUUACAGAACAUCAUUUGGUGUUAUCCAAUAGAAAAGAGUCCAUUUUCAGUGAAUGCUCUUCUUAUGAUGUAUUGACAAAAUGUAUUUGUUUAGUCAAAGCCAACAUCACAAAUACAGACACAGCAGUCAACAACAACCGUCUACCAGAGCCAAACAUACGGAUGAUCGGUUCAGAUACGAAAUUUACAUAUGUCUCAGAUCAUAUUGAAUACAUAAUAUACCAACUUUUAUCGAACGCGUACCGACAUACAUUGGAAACGGCAACAGACUAUAUACCCAAGGAUAUUAUUGUUACCUUGUGCUCGAAUGAGACAAAUGUGCUGUUUAGAGUCUCAGAUCAAGGUGGUGGCAUGUCUAAAGAGCUACAUUCAUCUCUGUGGUCAUUUUGCCACUAUGUAAACAACCUGAACAGAGUAGAUAGAUUGGAAGCCAAGGUUCAUGAACAAGAGAAACUCGCAUUGAGAUUGGGUAUUGGCUUACCUAUGAGCAAGGUUUACGCAGAAUAUUGGGGUGGUGAUAUAAACAUUAUGACAAUGGAAGGUUACGGCACAGAUGCUUAUGUACGAAUACCAAAGCUUGGAAUUCAGAAUGAAAAUAUUGCCACAAACAGUCCAUUAAAUGAGGCCAUCAUGUAGAACUAUUUAUUUGAGGAAAAUUGUGGGCAUUUAAUUAAAAUUCUUGAAACCCGAACUUAAGUCCUGUUUUUGAAUGUUAAAUUUGUGUAGUCAUAGAUUUGCAUAACCAUCUGCAUGGUAAAUUUGACUACCGGUCAACAUCUAAAACUAUUGUUGAUAACAAGUUGGAAAUUACGAUCAAGUUUUACAACAUGGCUAAUUGCUGUCGACAGUUUAUGUGGACCAAUUCAUCGCAUAUCUUUUUUUUUUAAAGCACUAUCCCAAACGAGUGAGGGAAGAGCACUAUGGGUG